GAAAGCCUUGACGACCAGUUCAGAUCCACCGAAGAACGGUGAUGUGUGUUUACAAUCUUCUUCUGGAAUAAGAGUGUGGUAGAGGAAGAGAUCGAGAAAAUAGAAGCAAUCAACAAUCAGAAAUCAGAAAGAUGGAGCUAAAUAGAAGCAAUCAGCAAUCAGAAAUCAGAAGGAUGGAGCUAAGAUCCAGGACAGUUGAAAGUAGUGUUGAAAGGAUUGUACAGACUAGCUCCGAGAGGAUAGCUCGAGCAUCGGCACCUAAACCAGCUACUGGGAGGUUCAGGGUUCAGUGGGACCUCGUGUUCUGGAUGCUGGCCUCCUUUGCCACCCUCUACUUUAGUGACUUUGCAUCUCAUCUAUUGUUCAAUGAGGAAAUAAAGAGGCCAUUCCUUUACGCCAGCCUGCUAUUCCUUGGGGUGGCAGUGGGGUAUAUGAUGUAUGCAUUCAGACGGUACCCUGGCCUCACCCACAAAAACUGGAGCACUAAAGCCCCUGUCCCCGUUGCUGUUGCUACAGCUACUGUAAUCAGUGGAGGAGUAUGUAUGACUGUAGCAGUGUGGCCAGUAUGGGAGUUCCUGACAUUAGUGAUCCUACCAGUCUUGUUUAUGGGAUUCAUAUCCAUCAUCUCACUAUUCAACCUGUGAUAACGACUACCAUGGACCUAUAUCAGACAGAAACUGUCAUUCAACAAUUAAUCACCAUUUCUAGUCAUGUUCAUUUCUAGUCAUGUUCAUUCAUUAAUGGUGAUUAAAAACAAA